GCGCAAGCUCCAGAAAGUUCUGUACCGUAGGACCUUAUAUAAAGCGCUAGCCAUGCGACUUGAGAAUCAAGCUUCACUGAUGAUAGAGGUAGCCUAACGUCAGCGGCGUAACAUAACGACCGGCUUUUUGAUAAAAGCAGACAUAGUUGCACAAAGAUGGUUCGAGAGACCGGUUUCUACGACCUUCUUGGCGUUAGCCCCAAAGCAUCGCCAGAUGAAAUCAAGAAAGCCUACCGAAAACUAGCCUUGAAAUAUCAUCCAGACAAGAACCCCAAUGAAGGAGAAAAGUUUAAGCUCAUAUCCCAAGCCUAUGAGGUUCUGUCCGAUCCAAAGAAGAGGGACUUGUACGACCAAGGAGGGGAGCAAGCCAUUAAAGAAGGGGGCAUGGCAGGAGAGGGGUUCUCCUCACCCAUGGACAUUUUCAACAUGUUCUUUGGUGGUGGUGGAAGAACUCAGAGAGAAAGGAGAGGGAAGAAUGUAGUUCAUCAACUCAGUGUCACACUGGAAGAAAUAUACAAUGGCACAACCAGAAAACUUGGCCUUCAGAAGAAUGUUAUCUGUGAGAAAUGUGAUGGUUAUGGUGGCAAAAAGGGCACCCUACAGAAGUGCUCAAACUGCAAAGGCAGAGGCGUCCAGAUCCAGGUGCAGCAGAUCGGGCCGGGCAUGAUCCAACAGAUCCAGAGUAUGUGCAGUGACUGCCAGGGCCAGGGAGACAGCUUCAGUGCCAAAGACCGCUGCAAGAACUGCAACGGGCACAAGGUGGAGCGCAAGAAGAAGAUUCUGGAAGUGCACAUUGACAAAGGUAUGAAAGAUGGUCAGAAAAUCACAUUCCAUGGAGAGGGAGACCAGGAACCUGGCUUAGAACCCGGUGAUGUCAUCAUUGUUCUGGACCAGAAAGAACACUCUAUCUUCCAACGGCAGGAUGACAACCUCAUCACAAAGAUGAAUAUCAAACUCGUGGAGGCGCUCUGCGGCUUUAAGAAGAGCAUCUACACCUUAGACAACAGAACACUGAUCAUCAACUCUCCACCAGGUCAAGUGGUGAAGCAUGGCGACAUCAAGUGUGUCCAAGGAGAAGGCAUGCCAGUGCACAAGCAACCAUUUGAGAAAGGACUGCUCAUCAUUCAGUUCCAGGUGGAAUUCCCAGAAAAGAACUGGCUUCCUGAACACCGCCUCCCUCAGCUGGAGAGCCUCCUUCCGGAGCGCGACGAUGUUAUGAUCUCGGAGGACAUGGAGGAGGUGGACCUCUGUGACAUGGACUCCGAAUCCCAGAGGAGGAGCCAAAGCAGGGAGGCCUACGAGGAGGACGAGGAGGGGCCCAGGAGUCAUGGCGUCCAAUGUCAAACACAGUGAUUGUACACAACCCUUAUCAAACUCAGAAUGGGGAGGAGGUCAUUGUGCACAUACCAAGGGCAGGACAGGUGUCGAAAACCAUUCCUGAAUAAAAGAAGAGUCCACACACAGUCCAAACACAAGUGUGCAAACUCCUUUUUUUUUUUCAAGAAUCGUUUUUUCAUAACCCUGUUCAGCCAGCCCCCACACACCCUUUUUUAUUAUUAUACUGCAGCUGUAAUGUGAGUUUACCUGUAUACUGAACACCACUGUUCCAAUUCCUGGAUAGGCCAUGAAUAAUCUCCCACCUUUUGAAGACUUAGUGAAGCGUCACAGUGGUUCACACUGACCACACAACCCAAGUCUGUACACCUGUGAAACAUAUGCUUCACCUGUCCACUUCUGUUAAACAUGCACGACCAUAUGUGCAAUGGGAGACAUGGACCAUGUGAUUAUGCAAGUUUCUUUAUAUUUAUUGUCCCCUCAAUGGAAGUGUGUUUUCUGAUUGUCUUGUUUUAUCCUUAGGAAUUGGAUACCACUGUAUUUUGCAUGCAUCUCAUUAAUGUGCUGUCUGUGUGUGGUGUACCUAUCUAUUUGUGGUCUUGUUUUGCCGAAGAGAAAGACUGAAAUCUUUGUGUGGUUUUUCAGUUUAUUUUUAUUUUUUUCUAAAUGCACAUGGGCCUUUAUUGAAGAUGAUGGGUCAUUGUAUGCUUUCUAUGAAGGUAACACCUCCUCUCACAAUACUGACCUGUACAUUGUUAUUCUUAUUUCUCAAAUAAAAUGAGGUCAUGCAAAUA